CAUGCCCGCCUAUAAAGGCCUCCGGGGCGCCGGCGGGCGAGCCAGAGUCGCCAUGGGCCAGAAGAGGGUGGCCCUGCUCCUCGCCGGCUGCGGCGUCUACGACGGGACCGAGGUCCACGAAGCCUCCGCCGCCCUGGUGCAUCUCAGCCGAGGAGGGGCCCAGGCCGAGCUCUACGCCCCAGAUGUUGUCCAGAUGCACGUGGUGAAUCACGCCACAGGGCAGCCGACGCAGGAGAAACGCAACGUCCUGGCAGAGAGCGCCAGGAUCGGCCGAGGCAACGUCAAAGACCUGGCCAAGCUGGCCGUGAAGGACCUGGAUGCCCUCAUCAUCCCAGGUGGCUUCGGGGUAGCCAAAAACCUUUGCACUUGGGCCGUGGACGGGAAGGAUUGCACCGUCUCCCAAGCGGUGGAGGACGCCAUCAAGGCCUUCCACGCGGCCAGGAAGCCCAUCGGCCUGUGCUGCAUCUCCCCAGUGCUGGCGGCUAAAAUCCUUCCCGGUUGUGAAGUCACUGUCGGGCACGACACCGAGUGCGAGACCUGGCCCUACGCCAAGACAGCCGAGGCCAUGAAGGAGCUGGGCUGCAAGCACAUCAACAAGAACGUCAACGAGGUCCACGUGGACAUCAAGAACAAGCUGGUGACCACCAGUGCUUUCAUGUGCAACGCCCCCAUCCACGAGAUCUACGAGGGCGUCGGGAAGAUGGUUGCAGAGGUGCUGAAGCUGGCCUAAGAGGGGGGUAGGCAGGUGAGGGGGGGUGCUCUGGCCACGUUUGCAGCCUGACCUCGGGGAACAUCUUCUGUGGAGAUCCUUUGCUUCCCUACGAAGGGGCCGCUGGGGGAGAGGAGGGCCCCCGCAAAGAAAGCACCCAAACCAGACCUGUCACGCUUUCACCCGCAACGGUCUUGUUUUCCAUUAGGAGGAAGAAGCCCAUGAAAUACCAAUUGGGGGGGGCAGGGGGUUGGCCUUGGAGGGCGUCCUCUAUCACUUUCCCCACCCCGACCCAGUCGAAUUUGCUUUGGGGGUCAGAGGUAGGAGCAUGGCACACACCUUGGGCCUCCUCUUUGUCUACUGCCCUCCAAUAAACUCUCAGUCAUUUGGGGGAGUGGCGCAGAGAAGAGGCUGUUGUCAAUGCGGCCCUGAUCCAUCACCCCACCCACCCACUCGCUCCUGUUAACCCCGCUUCCUUCCUGGACCCAUCAGGCAAAAGGCAAAUAGAACGACGAGGGCCAGGACAGGCUGGGCUCCCCGCAGACACCCUGUGAAUGAAAGACAGGCAGGCAGGCUGGCUAGUGGGCGACUGUACCUCUCCUGUGCAAAAUAAAGUGGGAAGCAUCUGAA